AUGGCCCAUGACCGGCCGGAUAUGGCUGGUCGUGCGCUGGUAAGGCCUAAUCCGACCAUGUAUCAAAGAUCGAUGGUCGAAAACGUCUCUACCAGCACACAACUAGCAGGAUCCCGUUGGUCUUGCCCCAAUAUGAUGACUUUCGCCGGCAACCAGUGGUGGUGGCUAGCGGCUGGCGAUGGUCUUGGUUGGCUGGCGCAAAUCAACCUCCUCCAAGAACUCUCAAACUCUAACCCUCUCAACUCCCUCAAAAUGUCACCAAUUUUCCAGGAUUUUCCCGGAAAUUUUCCCUCAAGAAAAUUGCUUCUAUUCAACCACCUUAACCAACAACAGCCGCCACCUACGGCUGCUCCUCCUCCUCCUAAUUAUCCUGGAACCAGCAGCAGCUUCGACUCGAAUAUCGUGAUGGUCCUCUCAGUCCUCCUGUGUGCCUUAAUUUGCUCACUGGGAUUGAAUGCUUUGAUCAGAUGUAUAUUUAAAUGCUCAGGAUUUGGCGCCUCUGGCAAUUCUGAUUCCAGGGCCAAUUCCUCAGCUCAAAUUCCCAAAACAGGAAUAAAAAAGAAGGCCCUGAAAACUUUUCCUGUACUGAAGUACUCAGCAGAGCUGAAUAUGCCAGGAUUGGACUCGGAAUGUGUUAUAUGCCUGUCCGAAUUUGUUCCCGGAGAGCGCGUGCGCCUCCUGCCGAAAUGCAACCAUGGAUUCCACAUGCGCUGCAUCGACAAGUGGCUCAAGUCUAAUUCUUCUUGCCCCAAAUGCAGGCAUUGCCUGAUUGAAACUUGCCAGAAGAUUGUGGGAUGUAGCCAGCCGGCUGCAGGCUUGUCAGGAUCAGCGGUUGCGCCUGCGCCGCCUGUACAGGAAACAGUUGUGAGCAUCAGGGCCCUGGAACCUGAAGGAAUAUUGCACAACUAUGGAGCGCUAUGUUAAGUUUGACGAUUUUGAUUGGUUUAAUUUAUUUGGUCAUAUUGAUUGAAGAUGGCAAAGGCAAUUUUCUUGGCAAAUUAAUUAGCAUUACUUAUUGGUGUCCUGAAAACUUUGAUCAGGAGAUCCAUCAGAAGUUAAGUGAGCUUUGAAUUCUUCUCAAAUGUUUCAGAAUUGGCCAGUGAGAAAGUCAGUGAAAAAUGUAGAAGAAAACAGUUAAUUUUUUUUUUUUUUUUUUUUGUAAUUAUGAAUAUAUAAAGUAGAAAUUAAGAGUAUUAU